UCCUUAACCACCUGCCGCGGGAGGAGGAGGUGGUGGAGAAGACGUGUGUGCGUGUGUGUGUUGACGUGAGUGUGGCGUCGGGCGUGAGGGAUGUGGAGGAGGCGUGGAGCAGGCGUGGUGGUGAUAAAGUUAACAAAAUGAAGACAUGUCGCUGGAAUAUCAUGGUGGAAGCGGUGAUGAUGGUGGUGGUAACAGGUGGAGGUGGAGGUGGAGGGUGGAGGGGGUGCCUGGCCAUGGCGGGGGUGGAGGAGCUAGCGCGCCUCCACACACUAGAUGGGGUGAUCACGGGCCUCCUCAAAGCACACCUCCACCUCCACCUCCCCGACCCCCACCUCCACCCUACUCCACCUUCCCUUUCCGCCCACCUGGAGAGGGCCAAAAGGUAUAUCGAGGAACACUCCGACUUGAAUCCUUUGAAGUACAACACGAAAACGAGGUCGCAGGAGGAAGUGAAGCAGGAGGAACAGGAGGAAGAGAAGGAUACUUGGGAGAGGUCAUGGGAGGAAGGAGGAAUAGCUGGUGACCCCCUUCGAAGCCUAGUCCUGGCCCGGCGCCUAGCGAAGGACUGGCCCAGACUGAAGGACGCGGCGCCCCCCUCCCUCAAGGACUGGCCAGACAUAGUAGCAGCAGUGGAGGGGGUGGAGGUGGCGCUACGGGUGGAGGCGGGGAAGGAGGGUUACCUGGAGGUGCUGGAGGAGUCCCUGGCGUACCUGCAACACCUGUACCGCCUCGACGCACUACACCUGGCCAAGGGGAGCGUGACCACCCACCACCACCACCACCACCAACAACAACAACAACAACAACAACAACAUCGCUACGAGUAUAUGGACUCCACCCCGCUGCGGGUGGAGGACGUGGUGGGGGUGGGGGUGGCCGCCCUGGAGUUGGGGCUGUAUGGAGUGGCGGUGGAGUGGCUUGUGGCGGCGAAACAAAUGAGCGAGGAUAGUGAUGACACAACUCUCAGCGAGGACACCUCAAGCGCGCUCUGGCGGCAGAAUCAACACCUGUCAUUACUUCUACAGGUGGCCACGGAUACGCACGAUGACAAGCUAGCGAUGGAGGGAUACACAGGGCAGAAAGGAAUGUACCCCCACCCCCUCUCGAAGGUGCCGCUGACGGACCAGAAAGCCGCGGAGGAGAGCAAAAAACUGCCUGCCACGCCCCGCCGCCCGCCCCUGGGAGUCACGACCACGCCAGCUGACAUGCGCGCGCUGGCCCAUCUCUGCCGCGGGAGGUCACUCAGGAGCGCCAAGGUGGAGAGUCGUCUGAGGUGCCGUGCGUCCUCGAGAGGGAGUGCCUGGCUGACCUUGAUGCCAGUGUGGGAGGAAGAAGUGAGCCUUGACCCUCUAAUCCUCAUCUUCCACCGCCUCCUCUCCGACGACCACCUCACCACCUUGAAGCAUCUAGGAGCUCCCCUCCUGCUGCGGGCCACGGUACAGGGGGCCGAGGGGACCAAAGCCACACGCUACAGGGCCUCGCACACAGCCUGGCUUGGGCGCGGCACCCACCCUCUCGUCGAGUCCGUGAACAAAAUCACCGCGGCGGUGACGGGGCUGGAGGUGGAGGAGGGUGCUGCGGAGGCCGAGAUGCUGCAGGUUAACCAGUAUGGGGCCGGUGGACACUACAUCCCUCAUAUGGACUUCAUGGCCCUGUACCGUAAUGUUUGGGCAGCAGGACACGGCAGCAACCACAGCCUCUUACGAGAAUUCCCACAGGGUGACCGUAUUGCCACCCUUAUGUUCUAUAUGAAUGAUGUGGCUGAGGGAGGACAAACGGUGUUUCCUCGUGUGGGUGUGGGUGUGGCGCCUGAGAAGGGUAGUGCCAUAUUCUGGUGGAACUUGCUGACGACAGGGAUGGGUGACGACCGCACGCUACAUGCCGCCUGCCCUGUCCUGCGAGGUACUAAGUGGGUGAGCAACAAGUGGAUCAAGUACUACCCACAGCUGUAUCGAAGGCCUUGUCCGGCUCACUCAGCAAAGAUGCAUUAGACGUCUUUGCCCCCUCUCCUCCCCUGCCUCGAGGACGAUACAUUAGUACUAACGUCACACUACACAAUAUGCCGUUACACUGUUUUAAUCCUUAGUACCAUUUGAACUGAGGUAUGCCAAGUGUAGUCUUCUCUUUGUUUUCAUGUUUUUUGCUACUCUAUUCAAAGUUUCCUCAAUCUUUUCCAUGUUAAGUUUGUGGAUAUCACUGAAUUUCCUGAUGUUGAUGGGUUUUCUCCACUCUGUAAACUCUUCAUAUUCUUACAGGUUCUUACUUUCACAAUUGUGCACUCCUUAACCCAGUAGCAGCGGGAAUCAUGUUUCUUAAUGGUUCCUCCAAGCGAGAAAAAUGAGAAAAAAUCAUCUCACGCAAACCAUUUCAUAAUAUACAUCAAAGCACUUGUGAUCAGUUUAUGUAUCAUCUAUUUGGGGGAGUUUAAAUCAUGGCACAAAUUUGGCCCAUCGCUGCUACACGGUAAAGCCACAAAUUUGGCCCGUCGCUGCUACACGGUAAAGCCACAAAUUUGGCCUGUCACUGCUACCGGAUCAGGGGCAUUUUUCUCUUUUCUCCAUUGCCUGG